UAGUGGCAAGCGCCACCGUGGAGCUCCUCCGAGAUUUCCGAGAGGCUCGCAGGCGCGCUUUCCGCCUGACCCGGUCGUUGCCUCCGCGGAACCCUCGGAGGCGGAAGCGACGGCGGAGGCAGGUGAAGAAACAGGUCAAGAAGCACAAAAAAAGAGAGAUCAAAGGGCUAUUCCCAAAGUUAAAGAUCAAGGAGAUGGCCUCCUCCGGAGUCUACAAACUGGAUGAUGGGAAGCCUUACCUGAACAACUGCUUUCCAGCCAAAAGUCUGCUUCGGAUUCCAGAAGAAGGACUAGGACACUGGUUAGUGGCUCGGAAAGGUAACCUCAAGAAUAAACCCAAGGGUAUUGUUGAGGCACCCACUGAAGGUCGGGAAAACCAGAAGAAGGUUUCUUUUGAUGUUGUGGGGAAGAAAAGGAUUCAGCGGGAAAAUCAAGGGGAUGCUCCUGGACAUAUCCUGGAUCGGGCUUUUCUGCUGAAGCACCACCAUGUGAAGAAACCAUCAGACCUGUGCAGCAUCAACGUGAGUGGCCUGAAGUUCUCCCAGGUGAAGGAAAAGGACUUCAAGCACUUCCAUUCCGUGAUUUAUAUCAAUGCCUCAGAAAACCUGCUCCCUCUAGAGGCAUUUCACACAUUUCCAGCCUUAAAGGAACUGGAGCUCGCAUUUAAUGGCAUCAAGAGAGUCUACGUGAAAUAUGGAGACUUUAAGUUAUUAGAAUUCUUGGACCUUUCCUUCAACCACCUGACUGCGGAGGCCAUCUGUGAUCUGGGGAUUCUGCCCCACCUCCGUGUCCUGCUCCUCACAGGCAAUGGGCUCACCUCCCUGCCACCCAAUAUGGCUGUCACCGAACAGGAGGCAUCCGUAACAUCGCUGACAAGCAAGAGGUACAUCUUGAGGUUCCCGGCACUGGAGACCCUGAUGCUGGAUGACAACAAACUCUCCAACCCCAGUUGCUUUGCCAGCCUGGCAGGGCUCAGGAGACUGAAGAAGUUAAGCCUGGACCAAAACAGGAUUUUCCGGAUCCCGUACCUACAGCAGGUUCAGCUCUGUGAUGGAUCAGGGGACUGGGUUGGAGUCAGGGCAAGUCCCCGGAAAGAGCCCCACUUCACCCUGCAGCCCAAGUCAUGGAUAUUUGAGCCCUCAGAUGAACAACCAGACUAUACUGUACUGCCCAUGAAGAAGGAUGUUGACCGGACAGAAGUUGUAUUCUCAUCUUACCCAGGAUUUUCAACCUCAGAGACAACCAAGGUAUGUUCACUUCCACCCAUAUUUGAGAUUCUUCCUGUGAAGUCACUGAAGGCCAGGAACCAGACAUUGGCCCCACCCUUCCCGGAGCUGAGGUACCUUAGCCUGGCCUACAACAAGAUUGCGAAGGAGGAUGCUGUUCUGCCAGUAGCUCUCUUUCCAUCUCUCUGUGAGCUUAUCUUUCAUAACAACCCCCUGGUGGCCCACACACGAGGAGUCCCUCCACUGCUAAAGAGCUUCCUCCAGGAGCGACUGGGGAUCCAUUUAAUUCGAAGGAAGGUAGUAAAGGCUAAGCAUCAUAUUUUGAUGCCUCGGAAGGAAUCAUGGAAGGUGAAAACACAAAUCCCCAAGGUGCCAAAGCAGCCUCUGGUGCCGCGUCACCAACCUUUGACCACAAUCAAGUCUCCCUCAAGGGAAAUGGCUGAGGCAGGGCUGUCUGAAGAGCUGGAGUCUGCCAGAAGCACUUCUCUGAAAGCACAGAGGGCCAUGGAGGGCCCGGAAGGCCCCCACCUGCCCCACCGGACCUUUGUGCCUCUGCCUCCCAUCCGCUCUGACUCCAGUCUGCACAGUGAUGACACCAGGUUCCACGUGAGCGAUGGAGCCAGCCACCCCAGCCCAGAACACCUGUCAGACGAGGACAUCAAGAGCACAGAGUCCAUCUUCCUGACCCAGGUGAGUGAGCUGCCUUCUCACAUGACCCAUAGGGGUGACUUACAAGUGAAGGAGAAAGACCAAAGGAGACCAGCCACAGCACCCAGAGAGGGGAAGAGGACUCAGAGGAAGCUCCCAUCUGCCUCCAUCCCCUGCAAGUACCACGGCUAUGAGGAUCUGCUGACAGCUCAGCCAGAUUCAGCCUUCAUCGAACCAAAGGGCAUCCAGAAGAACGCGCAGGCCCUGCAGCACAUGCUGAAGCACCCUCUUCUCUGCCACCCCUCCAAGCCCAAGCUGGAUACUAUUCAGAAACACUAUGUCCCCAAGGAGAAACGGGCCCAGAGGAUCCCAGUUCCACCCCCACGGAAGACUCGAGCUCAGCUGCUGGACGACAUCCUCAUUCGCAUGCGGGACCCCCGGAACGUUACAGAGGCUCCACUAGGCGCGGUGCUGCGCAGGCGCGCGGACCAGCGGCUGGUGAACCAGAAGCAGUACCAAGAGGCCAAGCGGCUGCUGAAGGAAUACCGCGCGCGCUACCGGCAGCUUGUGCGCGGCUCUCUGCGGACAGUGUUCCGGGCCACCCCGCCGCCCCAGGCACGCCCGGCGCUGCGAGAGAGCCAGCCCAAGUUCGGCCGUUUCCUCGAGUUCAUGGAUGAGUUCUGCCAGGAGUCCACGACCAGUGACUUAAAAGGCUAGGGCUGCGCACGGGGUCGUGCGCGCCGCCCGGCCCGCCCUCCCCGAGGGCUCUGCGUUCCUGACUGCGCCGCGGGACCGCUAGGUAGGGCGCAGGCCUGGGGGCUUGAAUUGCCCUCGCUUGCCCGACUCAGAGCGGGGAGUUCGUCAGAACCUCCCCGUCUCGAGCCAGGCAGGACCUGAUACCUAGCUCAGCAGUAAUAAAGAGUGGGCGCAUAGAGCAAUCGAGUGGGUGCCAGGCAUUCUUCCUUGGAAGCCGGCCCGGGGUCACAACAGUGUGGUCACACUGGAGAAAAUCCCCAAGUAUCCUGUGGGAAACCCACCUGAGUCACACGUAUGUGAUAGGUGCUGGUAUAGAAAGUGGGGGUGUUGGAACAGAGCAGCAGCACAGAACCUAAGGCUCAGAAAUUACCGCUUCUGCCCAUGGCCGGAUACAAGGCAGAGGGGCCAAAACCAAGGCCUGUAAGGCCCAGGUUAUGUGCUUUUACUGUUUUGUUUUGUUUUUUCCCAUUAUGCAUAGGCAGGGUAGAGAAGAGUGUGUUCCCUUAGCAGAUGGCCAUGGUCAGAGAAAUGGGUUGAGCUGAGGGGAAGAUUUACAUGGAGUUUCCCAAGGUUUUAUAAUCCAGGGCACAAGUUGAAGGCACAAUGCAAAUACAUGGAGGUACGGCUCCAGAACACCCUGGGGCUGUGCAAUCACUGGGCUCCUAGUAAAGUAAAGCUCUGGCAAGGCAGCCUGUGGGCUGCCCCACUCUUGAUGGGUGCCCAGUAGGCAAUACUUGCUAUAGAAGAGCAUCUGGAGAGGGCCCCCUGUGCUGGACUCCAGGAUGUGCAUCUGGGGAUAAAUGCUGGGUGAAACCUAGUCACCAGGGCAGUUCCUCCUGGGAAUGCCUACAAUUCAGACCUGGGUGGCAGGCUUCCCAGGGCCCAGGAAGCAGUUAUAAGGAUUAAGAGCCUCAGCAAGGCACAGAUUCCCACAGCCUAUACUGAAGCUAAAUAUUUACUAUUAUACUCAACUGCAGAAUCUCACACAAAGUGGUGAACUCUUUACCCCCAGCUGUGGUCACAUCCAGAGGCACACACUCAACAUCAUCACAACAGCAUACCAAGUAACCUGCAUCUUGCCCAUUCACACAGGCAUCUGAAUAGAUCUGGAACACACGCAGCAGUCUUGUACUGGGGCAUGGUGCAGACUCACCAGUUUGGAUCUCCUGCCCCCAAACCACCCUUCCUCUAUUGUUAGGAGAAUCCCACCCAACAGUCACACUGUCAACCUCACUGGUUCCACCUGGACUGCUUCCUUCAGUCAGAACUGCUGUCAAGCCAUAGGCUCUUGGGCCUGAAAGGCCCCUAGGCACAUCCCUGUCACAGUGGCCAUGUCAACAGCUUUUUGCAAUCUCCCCAAUAAGUGAGCUCCUGCUUGCACAUCUAGUGAUAGGGAGUUGUGCCUUCCCAAAAGUAACCCUUCUUUCUUGGGAAGGUUGUUGGACAGUUCUAGCCACUGGACUAUGCUGUCUGCCUAAGUCCCUCGGCUUUUUGGCCACGAGUUUAUCUGCUCUCUGCCCUCCCAAACCAACCCUUCAUCAACAUGAGAACAUCCUGAAAAGGUGACACCUAGGUAGGUCAAACAUCAUUAACUUCUCAGUUAAGGACUGUCUGAACAUAUUAGUUGCCUUGUCUAGACAUGCUAAGUUUUUGAUGAUCACUCUGAAUUCCUGAUCUGAUUGGCUUCCAUCUUGGAGACUUAUAUAGUGAGUACUAGAGUACUGGCUCCUUCUCCCUCACACAUAACCAAAUGAUGUCAAUACAGAGUCCCCAAGAAGGGAGCCACUAUGCAGUACCCAGUGACUGCAACUCCUCUAGGAAGACCUGGUAAGACCAUAUGGAGCUCAUGUUUUACACUCAUCCUCUCAGCUUCAACUUGAACUAUUUUUCUAGUCACUGGUCCAAGAUGCCAGUGAGCACUGUGGAAGCCAGAUGUGGCCCAAAGAGAAGUGAUGGGGGAAGAGAUUAUGUCUCACAUCCUGUGCUGCCUCCAAAAGUGGAGGUGCAAAGGGAAAACAGCCUGGUCUCUGGCCUUGCCAGUCCCAGUGCCAGUCCAGAAAGCAACCCAGAACCACCAUUAAAGCCAGUGGUAGAGGGUGGCAAUGCCCUAAGGUUGGCUUAGGCCAACGUGGCAGAAAAACCAAUUGGUAGCUUUGGAGGGAGAGGCUAGAAGAACCGUCAGGACCAAAGUUUCCAUGUGUAACUGAAGACCUCCCCAUCUACCACACCUGGCUCUAAAGGAAUGAAUGAGUGGUGUAGAGCAUCUAUUACUCUCUAGACCAAGAGAUAUGCAAGUCCUGUUUUCCUAGCUACAACUAGCUAUACUGUUCAUUUUAACCACCCUACUUUUGAAGGUCUUGGGCCAGACGAUUUCAAAAAUCCCACAUGCUGGUUUAACCAUGUCUGGCACCAGUUCUUCCAACAGUCUUCCAAAUUGUUUUUCCAAGUUUAGAAUCUGAUCCCAAGACAUUUUGAUGAAUUCCUGAACAAAGAUUCCAAAAAUGGGGUGUUUUUAAAGAUUUCUAAGUACAGUCCUAAUAUCCAAGGACAGUGUCAUCCCAUACAUUCUUAAUUUACUCACACUCUUUCUUGGUGCCUUCAUUAAGAGUAUGAAUGUAAGAAUUGACAGUAAAUUAUAAGCUGGAGGUAACUUACAUUAUGAGUUACAUCCAAAGAUGACGCACCAUGGAAAUCCCAUCCCAGCUCCUAAUCUCUCCCAUCAUUCUGAAUGCCAGCGCAGGACAUUCCAACGUAAGGUUAUCUCCCAUUGCAAAGGCAACACCAAAAAUCAAACAACACGUCGUCCAAGCAUAGCCCAUGUUUGUCUGAGUUUGCUCUCCAGAGACAAGACUUUGAUUACAGACAGAGUAUUCAAUUUCAUGAAUUUGUUUUACUGUAUUCUCAACUUGGGCCUUGCCUCAAGCAAAUAUAUAUUGAAAGAUGCACUUUGGUACUGUUUAAAUAAACAACACAUCAUCCCACUUGAUUCCAAGCCAUUUCGUUGUGGCAGAAGUAUCCCUGAUGAGACAUGCCCUGUUUGAGUCCUCUGUCUUUGUCAAAAUGCUCUUUAUGAUGAGUUGGAGAGGGAGGAGCCAGCAGUAGCAGUCCACAAUGAUCCAGGGCCCUUCUCCAAUUCUAAUGUAGAUGGCAGGUUGAAUAAAUCAAUCACUGGACCACCAAGUAGCUGCAGCAGGUUGAAUAAAACCAAUAGAGACCCAUUUUCUAUUUUUAGGUGGGAGAGGGGAGAGGCCCUUAGGGCAAUUGUUUGUACAGUUAUGAGUAAACAGCAUAGCAGGUGCAAAAAGAAAAUGAAAACCCAUUAGUUGGCAUUUAAGAUAAUCAUAUCCCUCCUUUGCAUAAUACCUAAUGUUAUUGGAACUUUUAACUGCUUUGCUGGCAGCUCAGGGUUAGUGAUGCCAUGUUUGAUCCAGACUUGACUCUGAUGGAGAGCUCUGCUCCCAUCCAGGGCUGUGGCUUGGUAGAUGGGUGGUGCUAACCAGGGAGAAAUCUGGCUGCCACCAUGUUAAUUUGGAACCAUGAUAUUUGAAGAGUGCAUUGUCUGUGUCUCAUAUUAAAUGAGAGGAAAGAAAAUUAAACAAGCCUUGACCUUGGCUUUUUCUGAUGUCAUAAGACAGGAAAAGGUAGGGAGAGAGCCUGGCCAGUUUGAGGGUGCUUCUCAUUAUUAAAAGUUACCACUCCAAGACGUUAAGAAAGCAUUUACUCAACAAGGAGUGCCCCCUAGGAAGAAGAAAAAAUACUGAUAAUACAUAGAGCAGUCUGCACAUUCAGUCUUGGCACUUUUCUCUUCAUUCAAUUUGAUUAAUCACUAAACCAAUGACCUCUGCAUAUCUGAAUCUCUCUUCAAAAGAACAAUCUUCUUCAGAAAGCUACAGUGGAUAAUAAUUGUGUGAAGAUGCAUUUCUGGGUCUUCAGAAGAAAAUCAAUUCAGCUGCCCCCCCCCACAGGCCUACUUUCUUAUUGUUACAAGAAUUCAUAAUCAGCUAUGCUCCUGCUGAAGACCUAGUCAAAAUAUCACUUGGUGGGUUGAUGAAGAAAAGGCAGGCUAAAAAAGAUUCAAGAGCCUAAGGAGUUUAUGAUUUUGAAAGACAAAUGAAGCUUUUAACCCUUGGUAAUUAAAAUGACAAUCAUUCCAACCAAAACAUAUUACUUCCCAAGAUCCCCCAUUUACAUUACUCAAUACACUGUGGCGGUUUUCCCUACCAAGUGUGUAUAGAGGAGAUACAGGGACAUUUUCAUUUUAACUGAAAUUAGGGCAAAAAACUAUUAUAAAACUUUCUACAUCAUUUGACUGUCCUCCUCAUUCCUGAAUUGUGUGUG